CAUAAGAUGCGCCUAGGUUUUAGAGGAGAACAACAAGAAAAAAAUAUUCUGAACCAAUGGACUGCGGACACAGUACAGGGGAUGACCAGAGACUGCGGACACAGUACAGGAAAUGGACCAGAGACUGCGGACACAGUACAGGGGAUGACCAGAGACUGCGGACACAGUACAGGGGAUGACCAGAGACUGCGGACACAGUACAGGAGAUAACCAGAGACUGCGGACAUAGGACAGGAGAUGACCAGAGACUGCGGACAUAGUAUAGGAGAUGACCAGAGACUGCGGACAGGAGAUGACCAGAGACUGCGGACACAGUACAGG